UAAGAAAGAUCAUUGAAAUAUACCUUUAAGGAUUUUGCAAUUGCAUCUACUACCAAACCAAAAACCAUAACCUACCUACACAUUAAGUCAACCCUGUUUAUCUGUUUUGCUGCGAUUGCAUAGUGCGAUUGGAAAUUUCAUUUAUUUCUUAAAUAAAUUAUUAAAAUAUAUUAGGUCAUUUAAAACUGCAUUGCAAAAUCAGAAAGGGCGAUGUUGCCCUCUACCGGUUUAUUUAAAAGUUUUGUCUGUCCUUAUUUCGAUGCUGGGACAUCAAGUGGAACAGGGUCAACGGGACAGCCGUCAACCUCAUGCAAUCGUCCUUACUGCCACUUCAAGCAUGUGCGGAAAGAAGACAAUGAGAAGCCACAAGCAGUCAAACAGCCGAUUAGUCAGCCGGCACCUGAGUACAAAGCGACACCCAAACUUCUAACCUUGGCAGAAUUGCCAUUACCGAAGGUAGUUAAAAAAACUAGAACUAAUUUGGAAUAUCAACCGGAGAAGCCGGCUAUAAAUGCAUCGCCCUCAAAAAAUCAACGUUCUUCGCUUGAUAGUGCUCCAGUUUAUGUCCCAGCUCCCACUUCCACAACCAAGAAAACUGUUCCAGUAGAAUGCAUCGAUGAAGACAGUCAAGGAAGUGAGCCCUUAAAUUUAGAUGAUUGUACAGAUGAAUUGGAUGAGCUUACGGGAAUUAUUAAUGAUGAUGUUGAUUUGGAAAAUGAUAAUAAAGGCACUGAAAACCAGGAGUCGGAGGAUCUCCAAGAGGUUGACAAAUCGGGGGAUUCAAAAAUAAAAAGCGAUACCAAUGAAUCGAAAGGCUCUAUUAGUUCCGAAAAAUCGGAAAAAUCCAAAAGAAGGGAUUCUUCGUCUUCAUCGCAUUCCCAUAGUCGCCACAAAUCUCAUAAAUCUGCUUCGUCUCGAUCAAGAGAUGAAGAAACUUCUAAGGAACGUGAAAGAAACAAGGAAAGAGAUGAGAAAAAAGAACACAAGUCAUCGUCUUCGUCAUCCCGUCAUAAAUCUUCGUCGUCAAAUUCAUCAUCACACAAGUCAUCAUCCCGCGAUAAGGACAAAGACAAAGAAUCGAAGCAUAAAUCAUCCUCUUCAGAUAAAAAACAUCAUUCCUCAUCCAGCAGCUCAUCGAAACAUAAAUCCUCUUCUUCCAAAUCAACAUCAUCAUCGGAUAAACGUAGCUCUUCUUCUUCGCUAUCAAAAUCAAGGGAGAAGAAAUCUACAGAUUUGAAAAAAAUGGACGAUGGGGAUACAGCGGAGUUAUUUGCCACCACAGAAGAGGAUAUCAUGAAGGAAUGUGAAAUGAUAUAUGACCAACUGGAACAAGAAUUUGCCUCCCUUCAUAAUGGCAAUGGUUCAGCAGAUGAAGAAAAAGCCAAAGAAGAAGCUAAGCAGGCAGAAGCAAAGAAACGAAAAGCUAUUGAUGAUGAGCUUGAACAAUCAGAAUUACCACAUAAAAAGCGUGUUGCCUAUGAAAAUGCUGAAAAGCACAAAAGUCAUACACCAGCAGUGGCUUUGAAACCUGAUCAUCGAAAGAAUGCAAUGCAGGCAAUAUUUAACCGACAGGAAGAAACUCGUCGCAAGCAAGAAGAGGAGGCUGCAGCUGCUGCAGCAGCUUUGAGAGAAGCAGAACAGAAAGUUCGGGAAGCCAAUGAGGCAUUGCGCAAAGCACAAGAAAAAACAUUAACUCCUCUCAUACCAAAAAGUUAUUUUACACCGCCUACAAAAACAAUAGCUCGAACAAUAGCCCCUGUGGCAAAUAUGUUAGCUUUUGAAAGGGCUAAAAAGAAAGUCGAAGAAUUGAGAGCAGAGAAGCGACCAGCAUUCACACCAUCGCAGACAAGCAAAGGUGGAUCGCGUAUUGCACACAAGUUAACGGAAAAAGCUGCCAACACAGAAGCUGAAAAGGUUGCAAAGCCACCAGUCUUGGAAGCCAACUCAACAAAGAUUUCCUAUAACAUUCGUAUGCAGUACUAUGAGAUGAUGGUGAAACAUUGCAUAUCCAUAUAUCCCAAUGUUGCUGAUGCUUGGGAAAGAGCUCAAACGGAAGAGUUGGCUGUGUUCAAAAAAUGUAAUACUCCUGUUAUUUAUAAAAGCAGCGCUAUGCUAGCUAUUAAUAAAUUACGAAAAGAAGCAACUGAUUCUGGAAAUAAGCCUUCCCAAUCGAAUAAAAUAAUAUCUCAUGAAGUGGUAUUAGCUGGAAAAUUGGCAACAAACACCUCCUGGAGUGUUAAAAAGAAAAUAAAAACGGACUCGACAUUGAGUGGCAGCAAUGAACCAUUUGACAAAUUACCCAGUGAUAAAGCGUAUGACAUGGUCUUCGAACUGCGUCUUACCGAUGAACAGCUGGUGAGCAAUGGUUAUCCUCGGCCCGGCAACAAACCAGGAACAGCCACCAUUCAAUGUACAAAACCAAUGCGUCGCCCUAAUGAUACAGAACGUUAUUGUAGCCGUUGCGGUAAAGUUUUCAACUUGGCCAUCUAUGACCAAGUGUGUGUUGACGAGUGUAAUUACCACCCUAAGAGUACGGGUUACAGAAGAGGUUUUAGCGACAACUAUCAUCGUUGUUGCCAACAACCGGCUGGGACCCCAGGUUGUAGUUACGCUAACUACCAUGUUAGCGAUUUCAUUGAUGCUGAUAAUCUGACGGGUUUCAUUACAACCAUUGACAAAGAUGAUCCCAACUAUGUACCCACGAAAAAAGAUAUUUACGCUUUAGACUGUGAAAUGUGUUAUACCACCCAUGGUGUUGAACUGACACGAGUCACUGUGGUUGAUAUCAAUUGUAGAACAGUUUAUGAUGCCCUUGUUAAACCGGACAAUAAAAUUGUCGAUUAUAAUACAAUCUAUUCCGGCAUAACGGAGCAAAUGCUGGCUAAUGAGACCAGAACCUUGCGUGACGUUCAAGCAAUAUUGAUGUCGAUGUUUAAUUCACAAACUAUUUUGAUUGGUCACAGUUUGGAAAGUGAUUUAAAAGCAUUAAAACUCAUACAUAAUGUUGUGGUUGAUACCUCAGUUCUAUUUCCUCACAAAUUGGGUCCUCCAAAGAAGAGGGCUUUGAAAACGCUAUGUAUAGAACAUUUAAAGCGAAUUAUACAAGAAAGUGAAAGCGGUCACGACAGUGCGGAAGAUGCUGAGGUCUGCAUACAAUUAGUAAAAUUUUAUUUACGCAAUAAAAUAAGUUGAGUAAUUUCCAUUUUUAAUAUGCAAUCAAUGCAAUUCUCUGCAUUGUAUAUAGUUUAGUUAGUUUAUCCUAUAUGUAUACAAACAUGUGUAUACGAAUAAUAUUCACCGCCGAACAAAAUUGAACAAUUGAAACCAUUAUCAUACAUAAAUUAUUUUAGGGAUUCAUAUUAUCAAAGUUAUAACAUUUAUUUCAUUAGGGUAUAUAUUUUAAUUUGGGUUUUCAUGUGUGUUUAUUUAUUUGCAUUUUGACAUUAUUUUUAGCUUAUAUGUAAACUACACUUAAAUUGUGUUUAAUUUAUUUUCAAACAAAGUUAUAGCUUUUGCAUAUACUUUAUUUAGAAGAACAUUUAAUAAAUGUUAUGGAUUGAUAAAUCUUAAGCUCA